AUGCGACUAACCGGCCACGGAGUGGACGAUUCUUGGACGUCUUUCGGCCAGCGCCGGGGAAUACCGGGGGCAACGCUGUCUGGUCUUGAUAUCACACGAGCUAGAAUCGACUGCGGCGGUGUUGCGGAUCCGGGCAGUUAUCCAUCUCCGCCCAUGUCGGGCUCUCCGCCGCUCCCGGCCAAGACCAGUCAUGGGGUUGCCGAACGAAGUGAGGGGGCGCAUCAAACGACAACACGAGAUGUGUACCGCGGCAUCCCGACAACACGAAGCGACGAGAGAGCACAUGCGGGUGCUGCGGGCGAGCCACCUUUGUUCCUUUCAGAGGCUUCGGAGCGAGGCUCAUACGCAUUCCCGCGAUCUGACGGACCAGGCACGCGGUCUUUGCCUUAUCCCCCAGCACUCGGGCAGGCCACGUCUCAACCAACCGCCUACAUGUCGGGACCUGAAACCGGCGCGACAGCACACAACCAACCCGGGUCGCUCCCUCCACAGGCGUAUCCUCCCACAGGACAUCAUGGCAUUGGGGAUGCUGUCCAAAGCACGACACCUAAACCUCAACGGAAAGCAAAAGGGCAUGUGGCAUCUGCUUGCGUGCCCUGCAAAAAAGCCCACUUACGCACCAACAAGGAGGGAGCUUGUGUCGAUGUGCAGCACAAGAAGCGUGGGCGGCCCCGUCUCCGAGAUGAUAGCCAAACAAAAUACGAGGGCGCGAGGUUUGGAAGCACCGUGGAUAGCAUGAGGAGGCCGCUGUCGUCGUCGUACGGCCCAGGACCACCGCCGCCGGGUAUGGUUUACGAUGAUCCUCUUCGUCGAAUUCAAUCGUACCGCGUGCUGAAAUCUCAGCCAGCUGAAGCGACUGCGCCGAGGUUCCCCGAACGCGGGCUGGUGUCUGAUACCAACGUGUUCUCCACCCCCUUGUCGAUCGCAACGGCUAGAACACCCGAAGAGCCGGUUGCUUACCUGACGAUCGGCCUCGAGUUUUCCAAGGCGUCGUCCUCCUUUCUCAGCGGCGUCGGUCGGACGUCGGUAGCAGGACUUGAGUUCACCCACGUGUUAACCCCUGAAGAGCGACCAAGGGCUACCAGGCUCCAACAGCAGGCGCAAGAGGAGCAAACUAGGAAGGACCCGGCUUAUCUACCGCCAAUAUUCAGCGACCGGACCGACGCCGUGAUUCAAAGCUUGGGUUUCUCGCCAGAAGAGGUGGCAAGACAUCCCCUUCCUUGGCUCGACACGUUCGCAUUCCUAGGAGAUGACGGGCAGGUGCGGCAAGUCUCAGUCCGUGCGGGGCUGGCCUCGCAAAACUCGAUUUACUUCGUCGUACUCUUGCUGAGCCGCGUCUCCCGGUCGUCGUAUCCAACACCCUCGCCGAGUUUAAGAGAGAUGAGCGGUUCCUUUGAGGUUGGGUUGCAAUCGUACUCUCAACCCACCCCACUCUCGGCAACAUUUGACUCGCGACAGCCACGGCUAAGCGACUCUGGCUAUGAUUCUAGGCAACCAGGGCCACCCCCAAGCGGGCCACUUAACAUGCUGCCCACACGGAGCCCUGGUCUCUCAUCCUCGACAUAUGGCGUUUCGCCGAAUCGGCCUGAGUACCCCAUUACGCCUAGGACCUACCAGACCCCCAGAACAGACGUCCACGCGGCAGCUCGCCCAUCCCAAGCGGCAGACUACCAAAUCUUGCCGCUCCCACGAAUAAGGAGCCCGCCCGUAAGUGCUUCACAACAUCCUGAGCCGCUCCAAGGACAACCGCAACUGCCGUCGCUACCACCACCGCCCCCAUACCAGCCUCGGGAAGAGACCUCUCGCAUGGGCAUUGGUGGUCUACUUGAACAUCCGGGGACGACAAGGAGUGCCUGA